AUGAAGUUACAAACAUUUUUAUCAAUUACAUUUAUCCUCUUAAUCAUUGCAGUAUUUUCAUCAGCCACUGAAAAGCAAGAAAUCUGUGAAACAUGUCGUGGUGUCUUUGAUAUUGCCAAAAAGUUCCAUAAAAGAAGAAAGCCAUUCACCCCAUAUCAAAUUACCCAAGAAGUUAGUGCUAUUUGUAUGAUUUACCCAACAGCAGAUAUCCAAUCAAAAUGUCGUGAAAUGUCAUCAAUCAUUCCAACAUUUAUUAAUUAUAUUGAUAGAGAUGUAGAACCAUACAGAGGAUGUCUCGAAAUGGGAUACUGUCAUUAA